AAUAGUUGUUUAUUUACACGGGUACCUUGGAAAAGUUGUCAAAUUGGACAAAAUGCCCGAGUCUGUUGCUAUAAAAGUAUAUGGCCGAUGUCGACCAUUCAGUCCAGAGGAGAGCAAGAAGGGCCAGAAGGCUGGAGUAUCCACCUCUGGAGAUAAAGUGGUGCUGCUUGGAGGCAAGGAACAGAGCUUCAGUUUUGAUGGUGCAUACCCACCUGAGUAUACCAAUUCGCAGAUAUACAAGGAGCGAUGUGAGACGCUGGCCCAGAGGGCUCUCGAGGGCUACAAUGUCACGAUGCUUGCUCUCGGAGGUCCCAGUUCAGGAAAAUCCAUGCUGAUGUCAGGAACUGAAGAGGACCCGGGAAUAAUACCUCAGUUCACUCGCAGCGUGUUUGAGAUGGCCAGUCGACAGUCAGGAAAGGACUUCCUCAUCAGUGUCUCAUAUCUUGAGAUAGCUGAUGAGAAGAUGACGGACCUCCUGAAUCCUCAUACCAGCCCGAUGAACAUCCGACAACAUCCCACCAAGGGCAUCUUUGUAGAUGGCUUGUCUGAGCUGAUAGUGAAGAGCGUAGACGAGGUAAACCAGUACUUUGACCAGGGCAGUAGGGCCCGCAAGAUGGGCUCUACUGACAUGAGAGCCCACCGCCCACGGGCGCACGCCGUGUUCACAUUGGUGAUUGAGCAGAGGGAGAGGCAGUCAAGCAAGGUCGGGCUCCGGUCUGUAGUACACCUGGUGGAUGUUGCUGGACUUGCCCCACCCUCCUCAUCAGACCCUGAUGUCCAGGCUGGCCUGAUGGGAAUUCAGGAGGUGUUAAAUGCUCUGGGUGGGCCCAGAAAGGGGGCUGCCAUCCCAUAUAGGGCUUCCAAACUCACCAGGUACCUCCAGGAGUCUCUGGGAGGUAACUCUAUCACAGUGAUGUUCGCGCUUGUCUCCCCUGUCGAUAAGGCCCACCAGGACAAUCUGAACACUCUCACCCUCGCACAGUACGCCCAUGCAGUCAAGAACAAGGUCAAACUCAACCUGGAUGAGACAAACCAGAUAAUCUCAGAGCUGCGUGAAGAGAUAAGCCGUCUGAGAGACAAGCUGGCGUCCACUUCUGAGCCCAACAGGGAUGAUGUCCUGAAGAUGGAGGAGUUGGUAAAGGACCUGCAGAUUGCAAAGAAGCAGACGUGGGACGAGAAACAGCGGGCCUCCACUCGCUCUGAGGAGGAGAGGAAACUUAAUCUUGCCAAUAAGGGUAUUCUGGAGUUUGUGAUGGACAGUGGAAAGAAGGGGAAUAAAGAGGUUCAAGACAAGAUACAGGCCCUGCAGAGGGAAAAAGACCAGGCCAAUGCUGCUUACAAGGAUAGGCGAGCUACUGUAGAUAGACUGAAGGCUGAACUCCAGCAGAAAAUAGCCCAAUACUCCAAGAUGGCGGAAAAAGGAAAGGUGUCAGAGUCAGAGAACAAAGCACUGGUGACGGCCAUUCACAAGCUGAAGGAGUCGCUGAAACAAGAGACAGACAAGCUCAAAGUGCUCAAACAGGCCCUGUUGGAUGUACAGGAGAGACAGAACAUGGAGAAACAAGGAGCAAAGUCACAGAUGUCCAACAUGAAGGGCUCAGCAGAACUUCGACAGAAAAUUGAGCUUGAGGAGCGACACAGAUUGGAAGAGUCCAACAAAGGUCUUGUGAAGGAGGAGCUGGACCGAGUGAGGCUCGAUGUGGACGCAGAGAGGGCGGAGAUCCAGAUGCACACGUCCAAUGGGAAGACAUACUCGGCCAAGGAAGGCGAGGAGCUGGAGGUCAAGGUGUCUGAGAUGAAGGCAGAGAAAUCAGUUGUAACUCUGAAGCUGCAGUGUGUGGAGCAGGAGAAGGCUCGUAUGGCCAGGGAGUUGGAGGAGGUCCACAGGCUGCACAAGGAGGAGAUGGAGCUACAGCAGUUACAACACUACCAGACAUUCCGUAACUACCGAGAGAUGUUUGAGGAGCAGAAAGCGGCCAUCGAGCAGCGUUACCGCCACCUGCUAGAGGACUCUAUACAGGAUGCCAUCUUUUUGUCCGCUCGCAACAAUGAGCUCAUCACAGAAAACCAGGACCUCAAACUACAAAUCAAUGAGAUGAAGGAUGUUGUGACCAAGCUGGGGGGCCGCCUGCCUGCCUCUGUGGAAAACCCCAUGUAGAAACCUACCGAACAGGCACACGAUACGCACGCUGAUGGGAUAUAAACUGUCUCAUGAACUCUGAACGCACUUUGAUCAUGCACUUGUUACUUAUUCAUUUUGUGGAGCGGGUAUUUUGAUUACAUUUUGGUCUUGCCAUUGCAUUUAAAUCAAAUUGUUUUUAUUUUAAUUAUAAAUUCGUCAACUACAUGAUUGAAUCUCAGUAAAAAAGGAUAAAAGAUGAUUCUUAUUGAAAAAUUACCAUUGUGCAUUUAUCAAGCAUUUUUCCUUCAUGUAAAAAGACAUAUUUUUAUACAAGUAAAAACAAAUAGAGAAUUCAUUUACAAGAGUAGCAAUUAUUAUAGUGUAUUGCUUUUGUAAGAAUAUCUAUAAGAUUGUAGUUAUAAUGUAUAUUUGAAAUGUGUUGCAUAACAAUAACAAUAAUAUGUUAUUAUUAAAUAACAAUAUAUUAGUUUUCUUUCUUAAUCUUAUUUUUUUGUAGUGUUUUGUAUCUUAACUGUUUACACAUACAUGAAUUUCUUGUAUUGUUAUGCUGCAAUGUAAAAGUCCCAGUUAAUCAAAAUUAUUGUGAUACAAUAAGUUCUUCAUUCCAGUGUUAUGCAUUUGCUUUUUCCAGAGAUAUUUAUUUUUGUUGAUGUGUUUAUAUCAUACAUUGAAUGCUGGACAUUCAUCUUUUUGUAGAGUUUUAUAUGUACUUCUUUCGGUGAAUUAAUAACUGUCUCCGUCCUAUUAACUUUUACCUAGACUUGAAAACUAUACUAAUCUUCCAUGGCCGAGAGUGUAAGAUAGGUUUAUUCCGACCCGAGCAUAGGUUUUUUUGCGGAAACAAGGUUUACAGAGUUUCCGCAAAACACCCUGCACGAGGGUCGGGAUGAACCCAUCUUACACGAGCGGCUAUGGUAGAUGCUUUUUCUCCUACCUCAGUUAAAAAAAGUUAAGUAAUAAUGCAUUUUGUUGCUGGAACUCUUUUGUGCUAAGUGAAAAUAAUUGCGUAUGGAUAUGCGAUAAUUCGUAGUUUAUUAUGUUAAUAGUCAAAUCGGUCUUUAAAUAGUUCGGAAAAGAGUGAAGCAUUAUUUCUUAAAAGGUGCGUGAAAACUGUUUUAGGUGACAUUUGAAGUGAGAAAUAGUUAAUUAGCGUUCUAAAUAUUGCCACAAGACAAGGUUUCCAUGAUGCUACAAACGACUAGACUUCAACAAGGGAGGUAAUUACAAUGUGGCGACCAUUAAAAAGGAGUUCCAUACGGGCAUUUUAUCUUCACCUGUUGGCAAGAUAAGAAUUUCUAGCAUGGUUAAAUUAUUGGAUCUACUUAUCUGAGGUGGGAGAAUAACAUAUCUAUGCAUUUAUUGAUGAGUUAUAUAUUAACAAAUAAAACUGU